AUGCGUGGAAGAGGAAGAGGUACCAAAGGAAGGAAUAUCCUCAGAAACCCAACCAUGGCCCGACAAAGAGACGAAUCCAAACAAGAAGAAAGCACAAUCCCAGAAGACGACCUUAUCAGUGAAGCCGCACAAGGCCUAAAAGGAAUCGACGACACUCCGCGCUUAAGCGAAAAAGAGCUGGAAUCUGAAGUCGAAAGAAUCCUAACUCCUUCAAACCCUCAGGCAAGCCAAAACAUUUCGUUUUUUUCUUAUAAAGAAAGAGUCUUCAAACGAGACGACUUGGUAGACCAAAUGGUCAUACAUUUCUCCUUAGAUGGGCAUUUCUUGCUUAAAGACAGUAAUGAGGCAAGAGACCAGGAAGAAUUUAUUGAUGCCAAAAACGUGGAGGCGGAAAACUUGAUCAAGGCUUCUUCAGUAGAAACUGGAGGAAGCUUACAAUUAAGCCAAGAAGCACUGCUGAAAUCUUUGAGGAAUCAAUUCAAUUAUGCAGAGAGGACCUCUCAGUCUUUUACGAUACCUCCUAAAGAAAGAGGUAUCAGCACAGAGCCACCACCAGCAAGGAGUUUUUCAGGGACUGUGACACAGUGGGAUAUUUAUGAUAAUUUUAUGGCUGAGCUUGAUAAAAAGAGGCAGCAAGAGCAUGUAGAGAAAGAAAAAGAGAAGGAGCCGAAAAAGAGCUCGAAGAAGAAAGUGGGAGGGAGAAAAGAAGACCCAAUGUAUUCCAGUGAGAUGAGCUAUGCAUUAAAAAUCAUGGAAAGAAUGGUCAAUCAGAAUGAUUUGCAGAACACCUAUGACUUUUAAGCAGAAUAGCUGAUAAAUUAAUAUAUAUUUAAAUCAACCUAAUUUAUUUUAAAAAAUAUACAGUAUCUAUAAAUAUUUUGAUGGAAACGCUGACAACCACCGCACAAGUGAAGGAUCUUUAAGUGAUCUUUGGAUUUUUGGGUCAGAAAAAACAAAGAAAAAAGAAGUGACAGCGCUAGCUUGAAAUCCCCGCUAUCACGAUAUGUUCGCUGUAGGUUACGGUUCAUAUAGCUUCAUGAAAAAAGCUACAGGGCUGAUUUGCUGCUAUUCACUGAAAAACACUCGGUACCCUGAGUAUUUCUUUACGACCCAGCAUGGAGUUAUGUGCUUAGACUGGCAUCCUCAGUACCCUGCUCUACUCGCAGUCGGCUUAUAUGAUGGAACUGUAUUAGUUUACGAUGUCCGUGCCAAGCAUAAAAAGCCUAUAUACCAAAGUACAGUUAGGACUAAUAAACACACCGACCCAGUCUGACAAGUGAAAUGGCAAGACGAAGACUUAAUGAAAAAUCUCAGCUUUUUUUCUAUUUCAAGUGACGGAAGAGUCACAAAUUGGGUACUGAUGAAGAAUAAGCUGGAAGCUGAAGAAGUAAUUAAGCUGAAAUUGGUGUCUGGAGCUAGAGAAGGAGAAGAAGACGAGGUCGCGCUAAGUGGGCUGGCAGGAGGGACUUGCUUUGAUUUUAAUCCGUUCCAGGAACAUUUGUUUAUUGUAGGGACUGAAGAAGGGAAAAUCCACAAGUGCAAUAAAGCGUUCAGUGGACAGUACUUAGAAACAUAUGACGCCCAUUUUAUGGCAGUUUAUAGUGUCAAGUGGAACAAAUUCCACCCAAAAAUAUUUUUAUCUGCAAGUGCGGACUGGACUGUAAAAUUAUGGGACCAUACCAUUAAAGCACCACUCCUUACUUUUGACCUUGGAAUUGCUGUAGGUGAUGUGGCGUGGGCGCCUUAUUCGUCAACUAUUUUUGCUGCUACAACAGCUGAUUCUAAGUGCCAUGUGUAUGACCUAGCUCAGGAAAGGCUUUCUGAGAUAUGCGACAAGCGGGUGAAAAAUGGCAAAUGCAACCAUAUAUCAUUUAAUCCUACCCAGUUUAUUAUUCUUGUAGGAACUGAUCGUGGGACUGUCUAUUCCUUUAAACUUUCUCCGAAUUUGAGAAAGGCAAGUCAACUGACUGAAGAAGACGUAGCAAAAGGGGUCACUCAGACCCAAAAAGAAUGCAAGAAACUAGAAGAAAUUUUGUCUUCAAUUGACAGAACCGUUUAUUAA